CUACUCUCUCGACCGGAGGAGGACGGUGGCCACAGAAACCCCCCCGCGGUUCCUCCGUCGCCGAAACGACUCCCGAAGCGGCCAUUACCCACACAGCCGCUCGCUCAUGACGCGGGCCCCGCUGAAAGUGGUGCACGGCGCCGAGCCCUCCUCGUCUGUGCGACAUCUCCGCGCUCAAGUAGCAUCCCUCGCUAACGUUAGCUAACAACAUAGAUCUCGCCGCUACUCCCAACACUCCCCCCCCGGUCCACCUACGCACCGCCGCGGGUACCGAGCCUUCACAUCACCGCUUGAUUGAUCGCUAAGACCGGACCACGGAGGGGUUGCCGCCCUCCUGUUGACAAUCAAACGUAUCCUCCCCUAACGUUCCAAAGUCAGGGCCCGUGUCUCCAGAAUAGUCCCUCACUUUUAACAAACCGGUGUUUUAAUUACUAGCACCAUUCCUCCGUGUCCACUUUUGGAGUCACCUUCUUUUCUACCUCAACACCCCGGAUGCCUCCUCGCUUCUUUCCGUAACCUCAGCUCUUGAUUCCCGGCCCCUCGGAGCCCCAUCGGGACCGAUCCAGCUGCUACUGACAAUCCGGUGGGGGGGGGGAGCUGCCCCGGCUGUCUUUCUCUCCACACGCUCCCCUUGUCACUUAUUUAAGUGCGGAAAUAAGAUAGCUAGUUUGUGAGACCUUCUUUUUUUUCGGUCUACAACUGCCACCCAUUCCAGAUUCUCCGUCAUCCAUCUCCCGUGACCGCCUUGCUGCCUCCGAGGCCACGGUACUCGCCAUGCCGGGUCCGGUGGCCGGUAGCAAGUCCCGUGUCUACGCUGACGUCAACUUGCUCAAGAGCCGAGAUUACUGGGACUACGAGGCACACAUACACAACUGGAACAACCAGGAGGACUACCAGCUGGUCCGUAAACUGGGCAGAGGGAAGUACAGUGAAGUGUUUGAGGCCAUCAACAUCACCAACAAUGAGAAAGUGGUGGUCAAGAUUCUAAAGCCGGUUAAGAAAAAGAAAAUCAAGCGUGAGAUCAAAAUCCUAGAGAACCUGCGUGGCGGGACCAACAUCAUCCGACUGGUGGACACAGUCAAAGACCCUGUGUCAAGAACUCCAGCACUUGUCUUCGAAUGCAUCAAUAACACAGACUUCAAGGAGUUGUACCAGAAGUUGACAGACUAUGAUAUCCGUUUUUAUAUGUAUGAACUACUGAAGGCUCUGGACUACUGUCACAGCAUGGGAAUCAUGCACCGUGACGUCAAACCCCACAAUGUGAUGAUUGACCACCAGUUGAGAAAGCUUCGUUUAAUAGAUUGGGGUUUGGCUGAGUUCUACCACCCUUCCCAGGAGUACAAUGUCAGAGUGGCGUCGCGAUACUUCAAAGGCCCCGAGCUCCUGGUGGACUACCAGAUGUAUGAUUACAGUUUAGACAUGUGGAGCUUAGGCUGUAUGCUUGCCAGUAUGAUCUUCCAGAAAGAGCCCUUCUUCCAUGGGCAAGACAACUACGACCAGCUGGUGCGAAUUGCCAAAGUCCUGGGGACAGACGAGCUGUUUGGAUACCUGCGUAAAUACCACAUCGAACUGGAUCCACGCUUCAAGGAUCUGCUCGGGCAACAGAGCAGAAAGCGCUGGGAGCAGUUUGUGCAGACAGAGAACCAGCACUUGGUGAGUCCCGAGGCUCUGGACCUGCUGGACAAGCUUCUACGUUACGACCAUCAACAGAGACUGACCGCCACAGAAGCCAUGGAGCACCCUUACUUCUACCCUGUAGUAAAGGAACAGUCUCUGUCAAACUCUGACAACAACAUGGUUUCCAGUGGCAACAACACAGCUCGAUGAAACGCAGAAAGUGGAAAGAAGAAGGAUGUUUGUUACCUCAACUUUGUCCGCGGUUGUGACAGUAACUUUGACAAGUGUACAGUGACAAUGGAUCAAAGUAACUCAAACCAGUUACACGCACACACACGGAGACACACACAUAAACACACAUGCAUACACAUGCAGGCAGGUAUACAUCCCCCCCCCCCCCUCCUCUGUAUCAGUCUGUGAUUGGCUUGUUCUGGUGUCCUGUCCAGCAGCCUGACCAAUGAGCUUGAAGCUGGUCCUUCCCCCUCACCCUCUCAGAUGGUCUAUUUCCUCCAAGUCUCAUGUACAAGGACAAACUACUGUUAAAGACAAUUAAAGUCCCGUCCCACCCCCCCGAUCCCCCCAUCCUUCCUUUAUAUCGCCCCUCCCCCCUCUUUGUUUGCAUCAGCAUGGAAGAUGGACAGGAGUGUGACCCUGUACAAGCCGCCACCACCAGCCCCCCAACCCAUAGACAUGUUCAUCCAUCUGUCUGUCUGCCCUCCUUGCCAUCAUGUACUCUGACAGACAAACGUCUUAGCACUACUCCAGUUUUUGAAAGUGGCAUGGUGGACUCUCUCUAGCUAGAAUGAUAAUAAUAUUAAUGAAAAAUAAAUGAUUUUUAUUUAGAUGAA